UGCGCUGGAAGAUGGCGGCAUCGGCGGCGGCGGCGGCGGCGGCUGCUGCUGCUGCGGCGGUGGCGGCAGCCGAGCAGCAAAGUUCCAAUGGUCCUGUAAAGAAGUCCAUGCGUGAGAAGGCUGUUGAAAGAAGGAAUGUCAGUAAAGAGCACAACAGUAACUUUAAAGCCGGGUAUAUUCCAAUUGAUGAAGACCGCCUGCAUAAAACGGGACUGAGAGGGAGAAAGGGCAAUUUGGCCAUCUGCGUGAUUAUCCUCCUGUUUAUUCUGGCUGUCAUCAAUUUAAUUGUAACACUUGUUAUCUGGGCUGUGAUUCGCAUUGGACCAAAUGGCUGUGACAGCAUGGAGUUUCAUGAAAGUGGUCUGCUUCGAUUUAAGCAAGUAUCUGACAUGGGAGUUAUACAUCCUCUUUAUAAGAGCACAGUAGGAGGAAGGCGAAAUGAAAAUUUAGUCAUCACUGGCAACAACCAACCUAUUGUUUUUCAGCAAGGGACAACAAAGCUCAGUGUAGAAAAGAACAAAACUUCUAUUAUAAGUGACAUUGGUGUGCAGUUUUUCGACCCAAGGACUCAAAAUAUCUUAUUCAGCACAGACUAUGAAACUCAUGAGUUUCGUUUGCCAAGUGGAGUGAAAAGUUUGAAUGUUCAAAAAGCAUCGACUGAAAGGAUUACCAGCAAUGCUACUAGUGAUUUAAAUAUAAAAGUUGAUGGGCGUGCUAUUGUGCGUGGAAAUGAAGGAGUAUUCAUUAUGGGCAAAACCAUUGAAUUUCACAUGGGUGGUAAUAUGGAGUUAAAGGCUGAAAACAGCAUCAUCCUGAAUGGAACCGUGGUGGUGAGCACAGCCCGCCUCCCUAGCUCCUCCAGCGGAGACCAGUUUGGUGGUGGUGACUGGGUGCGCUACAAGCUCUGUAUGUGCGCUGACGGAACCCUCUUCAAAGUACAGGUGACGGGCCAGAACAUGGGCUGCCAGACCUCAGACAACCCCUGUGGAGACACUCAUUAGAAGAACCCGAGAGGUCGUCAGUAGGUUCAUAUCGUGACUUGACUUUUUUUUUCAGAGUAGGCAUGCAAAUCAUGUUUUUACAGAGUUUGUGAUAACUCGUAAUUAUUUUAUCUGCAGAGCACUACUGUAUCUGUUAUAUAGUCUCCAUGUUUAAAAUAGUCUCAGAGAGCCUGAAUUCUAAUACGUUUCACUAAGUUGCACUGAUCUUCAAUUUACAGUUCUCUAAAGCAAUUCAGAGAAGUGAACACAAUCAAUAUUAAUCUUUAAAGAAGUGUUUUUAAAAUGCCACUCUUCCUUGUCUAAAGGCUAAAGGUCUGAAGCAACUGUUUAGACUCACUAUAAGUAAGCUUUUGGUAACUAUUGGGGAUAGACCCACUUAAGAUGUUUAAAGGUACACCAUCAGUAAAUGUUACAUGCUCUGUCUUUUGGCUUCUA